AUGACAAGAGAAAUAGCAAAAGUUCGAGCAAGUUUAUUCCAAAUAAAUGGAGUUAAGAAAGAACCACUCGUACUACCAGAGCCUGAAGGCGUGGUCACCACACUCACAGAAAAAGUUUACGUGCCAGUAAAAGAACAUCCAGAUUUCAACUUCGUUGGAAGGAUUCUAGGGCCCAGGGGUAUGACAGCUAAGCAGCUAGAACAAGAGACAGGAUGCAAAAUUAUGGUCAGAGGAAAAGGUUCAAUGAGGGAUAAGAAAAAGGAGGACGCAAACAGAGGAAAACCCAAUUGGGAGCAUUUGGCUGACGACCUCCACGUCUUACUCACAGUUGAGGACACUGAGAACAGGGCGAAGAUAAAGUUGGCCAGAGCUGUCGAUGAAGUCAAACGCCUGCUUGUACCUCAAGCUGAUGGCGAAGAUGAGCUCAAGAAGCGUCAGUUGAUGGAGUUGGCGAUCAUAAACGGCACAUACCGCGACUCCAGCACCAAGGCGGUGGUACCCGUCAACGACGAUCCCACAGCGGACGAGGAGUGGCGGCGUGUGGCAGCGGCCGCAGCGGAGACUCAGCGUCUGCUGGCACCAGGCGGCGGCGUGGGAGGUGUGGGAGGCGUAGCGCUCAGGACACAGGCCCCGCUUGGCGCGCCACUCAUCCUGUCACCGCGCAUGUCGCAAGGCGCGCAGGCCGGCCUGCUCAACGGUUCAGGCGCACAGGCCGCCGCUGGUUUGCUGUCUCCCGGAGAGCCCGCGCACCAGCUCAUCUACGCCUCUCCUUACGACUACGCCAACUACGCCGCGCUGACCGCCGCCGCCAACCCGCUGCUCACCACCGAGUACGCCGCCGCUGACCAUACGGGUGUGGUGAGGAGGGCGCAACGGCUCGCGCAGGUCAGGGAGCACCCUUACCAGCGCACUGCCUUACCGGCGCCUUAAUUCCCGCCAAAACGCUCUCACGCCGCCAUUUUGUUCACAAGGUGAGUGCUAACGGCGCCGAGGAACUAACAGGAGUCGCGGCCGGCCGCUCCACGCCGGCCCCCUAUGUCGCCGCGUAACAUACUCAUCGGAACAUCGACCACCAUGUAGCUAUUAGCUGUUGGGCCUUUCACGUUUAACAUUAUACUAUGUAUUAUAAUAGUCUAACUAUUAACAUUUAUAUGCCUGUUAUGUUUAUAACAUGAUGAACUUUAUUAACAUUUUAUAUAAUUUUUAUGAAAUGGCACACGCCAUCGACUAUAUUUACUAUAUUGUAUCUUAUUGUACUUCUGUUGUCGCUUGAACGUGUUGUUGUUGAAGCACGAGUGUUGUUAGGUUACCCGGAUGAAUCACGGCGUUAAAUGUGCUACCUAUAUAUUUCAUUGAAUAGUUAUUUAUAGUUUUUUAUUUAAAGUUAUUUAAAUAGAGUAUAUUUUUUAAAAUUUGCACCUUUAGCGCCGUCCCUAUAAAAAAGAUGGUUUGAGUAAAAUUUUUACUUCUAACGAAAGCUUAAUUCAUGC